GGGGUGUGAGGUUUGAGAGACGCGAGGGGGAAGUGCGGCGUCUACCAGGCAGCAGUAAGCAAGUUGUUGUUGGUUGAGGCGACUUGACUCCUUUAUCUCUCUCGCGCUCCCGCCGCGCUUGACUUGCCCCUCCAGGUGCCAGGACUUGUUCGUUACCGCUGAAGCGAGGAGGAGCAGGGGGAGGACAAUGAAGGGCUCGUCCACCCCCGACAAACCCAAGGCGACGGAGGGCGACGGCGCCCCUCCGCGUGCUCGCGGCGCCAGGAGGCGCUGCACCAGCUCUAGCGGCCCCGUGUCGGGCGCGAGCCCGGGCCCGGCGGGGGAAGCGCCGCGCGGACACCGGGACAAGCAGGAGGAGGGCGGCAGCAGCAGCCUGAAAUGCCACAGAGUGCAGGACUCACUCCUGAGCUCCUCCAGUGGUUUCAGCAACUAUAGAGGCAUCAUCAACUGGUGUGUCAUCAUGCUGGUGCUGGGAAACGCCCGUCUCUUCCUAGAGAACCUCAUGAAAUAUGGAAUACUGGUUGACCCAAUUCAGAUUGUUUCGCUGUUUCUGAGUGAUCCGUACAGCUGGCCUGCCACUUGCUUGGUUAUCGUGUCUAAUCUGUUCAUAAUGGCCGGUUUCUUCAUCGAGAAGCUUCUUGCAUCGGGAAUUCUGGGAGAGCGGCUGGGCCAAUGGCUGCACUGGCUGAACCUGCUAACGGAGCUAACACUGCCUGUGGUCGUCACGCUCCUCGUCUCGUCUAUUAAUCCCAUCUGCUCCGCCAUCAUGCUGUUCGUCUACACGGUGCUCUUCCUAAAGCUCUACUCGUAUGCCGACGUCAACCGCUGGUGCCGCGAGCAACGUGGCAAGCCCGGCGCAGGGCGCCGCUUCGCACGUUCCCUCUCCACAUCCUCAGUUGGCAAGGUGAACGGAGAAGCCAAACAGGUGGCAGUCGUGCAUUACCCUGACAACCUGAACUAUAGAGACCUCUACUACUUUGUAUUUGCACCGACGCUCUGCUACGAGCUCAACUUCCCUCGCACAUCGCGUAUUCGCAAGCGCUUUCUGCUGCGCAGGAUAUUUGAGAUGCUGUUUCUCAUGCAGCUAAUGCUGGGAUUCAUCCAACAGUGGAUCGUUCCGAGUAUUCGCAACUCGAUGAAGCCACUCAUUGAGAUGGACGUGUCACGUGUAGUGGAACGCCUGCUUAAACUUGCCGUCCCAAACCACCUCAUCUGGCUCAUCUUCUUCUACUGGUUCUUCCACUCCUGCUUGAACUUGCUGGCGGAGAUCAUGAAGUUUGGCGACCGAGAGUUUUACCGCGAUUGGUGGAAUGCGCAGACUGUCACCUACUUCUGGGCCAACUGGAACAUCCCGGUGCACAAGUGGUGUGUCCGACACUUCUACAAGCCACUGCUCAAGAGGGGCUUUAACAAGAUGCACGCGCAGCUGGGCGUCUUCCUCCUCUCCGCUUUCUUCCACGAGUACCUGGUGAGCGUGCCGCUGAGAAUGUUCCGGAUCUGGGCAUUCAUGGGCAUGAUGGCACAGGUCCCCUUGGCAUGGUUUGUCGGCAGCUUUCUGAGCGGUAACUACGGAAACUCAGCCGUGUGGCUGAGCCUGAUCCUCGGGCAGCCGGUGGCGGUGUUUAUGUACGUGCACGACUACUACGUGCUCAACUUCAGGGAUGCCGCGCAGUGAGGCACCCCUUCUUCGCCAUCCCAGCGCCUCCUGGCUCUGCACGGCCUCAACAUUUUGCCAUCUCGGAUGCCGACCGUGUGGCCAAUCAGGCGGCAUGUACCACUGAGCCGGGCUUCGUGCUUCUCCAGGCCGUGAGGAAAGUUUCUGCGGAGCGGGUGCCGAGGGCCCUGUGACGUUGCAAUACACUUCUAGCUGUGUCAUCGCGCGUUUGGGAAUUCGCCAUUGUAGGGGCAGUGGUGAUUGGGUGAGUUACCCCAAUUGGAAUAGGUACCGAUUAAGUAAUUGAGAUAGUGAUUUGUUUCGUUCUCCGUCCUCUAUCACCAAAACCAAUAGCCGUGCAACGAUGCCAAUUAACCGGUCCACGAGUACUAAUGAAUGGCCUCCUCAUUUGGGUUAAUGGUAUCAUGGGUCUGACUUAUUGUUAUAUAGAACAAAGAUAAUUACAAUAGACUUGCUAAUGGUGAACUUUUUAUUUAAUUGUGAAAGAGACUAAAAUCUGGAACUAACGUGACUGAAUGUGAAGGUGUAAUUGAUUCUAGAUUUGAAGCUUUCAUGACUGCAAGGAUCCAUACUCUUUGGUUCUAUUCGGUAAAGUCACGUAGGUAAAAAAUAAAACAACAAAAAUCACGACG